AUUACCUACUAAUAUAUAUUUAUAUAAUUUUUAUAUCUAACUAUCAAUGCACCGUUAAACAAUUUCGAAAGUAUGACCAACGAUAAUAAAUGCAAUCUCUCAAGAUUUUGGUUAUUAGUGCUUUCUUCCUUGCUAAAAAACAAAACAAAACAAGAAAGCAGGGAUGAGUUUCAAAAGGGUCUUGACUGUCCACUAAAGUCCAUUAUAUUUGUACAUUAUCAGUAUGGCUUAUCUAAAGUCAUCUGUAUUCACUUUCCACAAUUUAUUGCACUGGAAAAGCAUUCACACCAUUAAUGUCUACGCUGAAUACCAAGCCAGUAGAUUAUGUUGUCUACUGGCUUGGUGAACUGAUCAAACACACUGUAGUAGACACAGUGGACUCUAUAUAUUUGAAAGAUUAUUUCCAAGAAAGAAGAUUUCCCAGAAUGGUCAUAUUAUAUGGGAGACAUUUUCCUGCAGUACACACCUCUGAACCAGGGUUCAACAACCAUGACCAAAUUUGGGAAUAACAGUAUUACUGAUUAACCUGUGAAGAUAUUGUGCAUGUGGAUUUCCUUGCAGAACUGGUUUGACUCUCCUUACAAAACCUAGCUCUUCGUUCUUUGAUUCACAAAUAGGGCAUUUGUAGUAACUACCUGAGUCAGGGGAAAAGAAACAUGGAGUUGACAGCUACAAGUCACUCUAUUACGAUGAAUAAUGGGUUGAAAAUCCCUCUUAUGGGUAUAGGGACCUAUGGAGACCCUCGGACGACUCCCAAAGGAACCGCAUAUAACGCGGUCAAACUUGCCAUCGAGGUUGGAUACAGGCACAUCGAUGGAGCUUUAGUGUAUUUCAAUGAGCAUGAAGUGGGCCAAGCCAUCCGGGACAAAAUUGCUGAUGGGACAGUGAAAAGAGAGGACAUUUUCUACUGUGGAAAGUUAUGGAACACAUUUCAUCCUCCUGAGCUUGUAAGACCAGCACUGGAGCGAACUCUCCAAGCUUUGCAGUUGGACUACGUGGAUCUCUACAUCAUCGAACUCCCAAUAGCUUUUAAGCCAGGCGAUACUUUCUAUCCAAAAGAUGAGAGUGGGAAGUCUAUUUACCAUCAGACAGACCUUUGUGCCACAUGGGAGGCGUUAGAGGCCUGUAAAGAUGCAGGGUUGGUAAAAUCUCUCGGCGUGUCUAACUUCAAUAAGCGGCAGCUGGAGCUGAUCCUGAAUAAGCCAGGUCUAAAGUACAAACCUGUGUCGAAUCAGAUUGAUUCAUUUCGCAGAAGCUUCUGCCGAACAAAUAAAGAAGGACGGACAGACAACCUGAAAAAAAUAAGGCGUCGGAGGCCAAAAAAAGAGUUUCGUGUGGUGAAUUUAAAGUGCCCCCCUUUGCUGGAGGAUGAGCUUCUGGUGUCCAUUGCUAAAAAGUAUAAAAAGAGGACAGCACAGGUUGUGCUUAGAUUCAAUGUGCAGCGAGGUGUGGUGGUCAUUCCCAAGAGCUUCAGCCCGAAUCGUAUCAAGGAGAACUUUGAGAUAUUUGACUUCUCUUUGACUGAUGAUGAAAUGAAAGCAAUUGAAGGGCUUAACAAGAACAUUCGCUUUGUGGAGCUUCUCAUGUGGAGUGAUCAUCCUGAAUAUCCAUUCCAUGAAGAAUAUUAAAGCAGUUUUAUAUAAGCAACAAAAUUAACAACAAUGCAUGAUAGAAAGGUGACAUUUUUUGUUGCAUUAUUAUCAGCAUGCUCCUUGUACAUUUCAGUGUAACCUUUUACUAUCACCUCAUAGAUUACGGUAACAUUUAAUACAAUUGAAUAAUUGCAAAUAAAUAAUUUCAUCA